UGUACAAGAACUCUCGAGGGAUUUAGACUUGGGCCCUACGAGGCUGAGGGAGCUCGUGGAGCUUGGUGAGGUCUUCGGAUGCUCUGAUCGGUGAAUCGAUUUUCCGAUCGCCGUCGUUCGUUCGGGCUCGGAGAUGGAAUUCUUCGUUUGAGGAACGUCGCUGGCUUUUCACAAAAAUAAUUUUAUCGAAUUCGAGUGGAUUUGGCGAAGACAGCGGCGGGAGGAUGGCGGGAAGAGUUUUGGCAGCUGUGAGGCUGCUGCGGCAUCAGAGCUCGAGGAGGGCGUUUUCGGUCGGUGAAUCGGGCGCUAAUCCUUUGCAGAUAUGCGUUGUUGGAAGCGGCCCGGCGGGGUUUUACACUGCCGAGAAGUUGUUGAAGCGCUUCAGGCAGGCUAAGGUGGACAUAGUCGACAGAUUACCCAGUCCGUUUGGUUUGGUUCGUUCAGGAGUAGCACCCGACCAUCCGGAAACAAAGGUCGUGAUCAACCAGUUCACUCGAGUUGCUAACAGCGAAAACUGCUCCUAUUUUGGGAAUGUCAAACUUGAUGAGGAUAUCACUUUAACUGCACUGCGGGCACUUUAUCACGUGGUUGUUCUUGCAUAUGGUGCCGAAAGUGACAGAAGUUUGGGAAUUCCUGGAGAGGGACUUUCCGGGGUUCAUUCUGCAAGAGAAGUUGUGUGGUGGUACAACGGACAUCCAGACUGCGUCAAUCUACCUCUUGACCUGAAAAGCACGGACACGGCAGUCAUUCUAGGCCAGGGAAACGUCGCUCUGGACGUUGCUCGAAUUCUCCUCAGACCCGUCAGCGAACUGGCCACUACAGACAUAUCUGAGCAUGCAAUAGCUGCCCUGCAUGAAAGCAAUAUCAGGAAGGUGUAUCUGGUAGGAAGACGGGGACCAGUACAGGCAGCAUGUACGGCUAAAGAGCUGCGGGAAAUUCUAGGCAUACAAGGGUUGGAAGUGAAAGUUCAACAGGCUGAUUUGGCCACCACCAAGUUAGAUCAUGAUGAGAUGAAAAAAAGCCGAAGUCACAAACGUGUUUACGAGCUAUUCUGCAAGGCAGCAGCAUCUUCAGCGACCUCGUCUCCACUCGUUAGUUCUGUACGACAAUUACAAUUUAUAUUUUACAGAUCACCUGCUGAAAUUUUGGCCGCUGGUUCUUCAACAGUGACAGGAAUUCGCCUGGAGAAGACGACACUCUCAGGAGAUGAACGUAGUGGACAACGGGCAGUUGGGACUGGCGAAUUUGAGGAGUUAGAAUGCGGUCUGGUAUUGAAGAGUAUUGGCUACAAGUCUCUACCAGUCCGUGACUUGCCCUUCGACCACCGAAAAGGUGUGGUGCCCAACGUACAGGGGCGUGUGAUAACAUCGACAGAGUCUGCAGCUAUUGAGCCCGGACUCUAUGUUGUGGGCUGGCUAAAGCGGGGUCCUACUGGCAUUAUCGGAACGAAUCUUAUUUGUGCUGAUGAAACGGUUGAGAGCAUUGUAGAAGACACACAACGUGGGUUAAUAGACGUACAAUCAACGAGUAUGAUGGGUGGCUUGGGAUUAAAAGGAUUAUUGGAGGCCCAAAGCGCACAGUUUGUAUCUUUCAAGGAGUGGCAGAUUAUUGAUCAGAAAGAGUUGGAACUAGGCCAAGUCAAGGGAAAGCCCAGGGAGAAAAUUGUUGUUAUACAAGAUAUGAUAAAAAUUGCCAAAGAUUUGGUACUCUAGUAUCAAAUAGAGCUAGUCGAAUAUUGAGUUCAAAAAUAAUUGGUAUGAGUCAAAUUUCGAAUGGAACCUUUUAUAUUUAC